UCUUCCGCCUUUCACCGGAGUUUGUUUCAUCAGCCACGAGUUUCCGCUCCGCCGGCUCCACACUUCAACCACGAAGCUUUUCAGAUCAUCCAGGACCUGUCCCCGGAGUCCAGAGCCAUGGGAGACCCGCUGACCGAGUGCCACAGCCGGCUGGAGCAGCAGGAAAAGGAGAUAAAACGUUUGUCUGCUGAGAUUGAAAGCAUAAAGAAUCCUAAAAAUUUGGACCCAACUGCCCGAUUAGACGAACUGCGAGAAGAAAACGCCAAACUGAAAUAUCGCCUCAACAUCCUCAAGAGGUCUCUCCAGGAGUCGCCCCCUUCCUCCCUCACUCCACUCUCUGAUUCCAAAGCCAUGCUCAACAUAAACCAGCGUCUGCAGCAGAUCUUCGGCAGGGCCAUCUCAGCGGCGUACCCAGAGAUCGAGGGCCCUCCUGUGGCCGUCACUCCCACUAAUCAGGCCAAGUUUGGAGACUACCAGUGCAACAGCGUCAUGGCCAUGUACCAGAUGCUGAAGGCUAAAGGCGCCAAAGUGAAUCCUGUAGAAAUAGCAGAAAAAGUUGUGAAAAAUCUCCCGGACAACGAGCUCAUUGAGAAAACGGAGAUCGCCAGACAAGGUUUCAUUAAUAUCCACUUGAAGCGCUCCUUUGUGUCGCAGCUGCUCAGUAAACUGCUGGUGAAUGGAGUCCAGCCUCCGCCCCUGUCCAAGAAGAAAAAGGUGGUGGUGGACUUCUCUUCUCCAAACAUCGCCAAAGAGAUGCACGUGGGCCACCUGCGCUCUACCAUCAUCGGAGACAGCAUGUGCCGCCUCUUUGAGUUCCUUGGAUAUGAAGUGCUCAGACUGAACCAUGUUGGAGACUGGGGCACUCAGUUCGGAAUGCUCAUCGCUCACCUCCAGGACAAGUUUCCUGAUUACCUCACUACCUCUCCACCAAUCAGUGACCUGCAGGCGUUCUACAAGGAGUCAAAGAAGCGUUUUGAUGAAGAGGAGGACUUCAAGAAGAGGGCGUAUCAGUGCGUGGUACGACUGCAGAGCAAAGAGCCAGACUUCAUCAAGGCCUGGAACCUGAUCUGUGACGUGUCCCGAAGAGAGUUUCAGAGAGUGUACGACUGUCUGGACAUAAAGCUCAUCGAGAGAGGAGAGAGUUACUACCAGGAGAUGAUGACGGAGGUGGUCAAGGAGUUCGAGGAGAGAGGUUUCGUGGAGCUGGACGAGGGCCGUAAGAUCGUGUUUGCGACGGGUCAUUCCGUACCGCUCACCGUGGUCAAAUCAGACGGAGGAUACACCUACGACACCUCAGACCUCGCCGCCAUCAGGAACAGACUCUUCGACGAGAAAGCGGACAUCAUCAUCUACGUGACGGACAGCGGGCAGGCCUCGCACUUCCAGUUGAUAUUCGCGGCAGCUCAGAUGAUCGGAUGGUACGAUCCCAAAGUCACCAGAGUGGAACACGCCGGCUUUGGAGUGGUGCUGGGAGAGGACAAGAAGAAGUUCAAGACUCGUUCUGGAGACACAGUGCGUCUGAUGGACCUGCUGGAGGAGGGUCUGAAGAGGUCCAUGGACAAACUCAAAGAUAAAGAGAGGGACAAGAUGCUGAGCCCCGAGGAGCUGGAGAAGGCGCAGAAGGCCGUGGCGUUCGGCUGCAUCAAAUACGCAGAUCUGUCCCACAACAGAAUCAACGACUACAUCUUCUCCUUCGACAAGAUGCUGGACGACCGAGGGAACACAGCGGCCUACCUCCUCUACGCCUUCACACGCAUCAGAUCCAUCUCUCGUCUCGCCAACAUUGAUGAGGCGACUCUGAGGAAGGCGGCGGAGACCACGGAGGUGCUGCUGGACCACGAGAAGGAGUGGAAACUGGGAAAGUGCAUCCUGCGCUUCCCCGAGGUCCUACAGAAGAUCACAGACGACCUGCUCCUCCACACUCUCUGCGACUACCUGUACGAGCUCGCCACCACCUUCACCGAGUUCUACGACAGCUGCUACUGCGUCGAGAAGGACAGGAAGACCGGUGAGGUCAUAAAGGUGAACAUGUGGAGGAUGCUGCUUUGUGACGCCGCCGCCGUCAUGGCCAAAGGCUUCGACAUCCUCGGCAUCACGCCCGUAUCCAGGAUGUGAGGUCACGACGCCGUAACCAGGAAGUGAGCGCACAGUCCCGUAAACAGGAAGUAACCAAGCUCUACCUUUCAGCCCAAAUAUCAACAGAAACUACCACAGACCACUUUGAACUUUCACCUUUUCGUAAAAACCCAAACUGUUAAAAUUCCAACUCAUGUUCAGGUCAUUUUUAUUAGCAAGUUUGAAAAUAAACUUUAAAACUAA